AUGUCUUCGACCGCUAUCCCCAAGCGCGUUGCGCUGCAUCGUGCUCCCGCCACGGACUCGUCGGCAGCCAGCUCGGUGACGGCGUCUCCCUUCGACAGCCCUCGCCAGUCCCCCUCGAGCACCUCGCUCUCCUCGCUCGCCUCGGACUCCGAGUCCAAGCCGAGUAAGAUGCUGGAUACCUACGGCAAUGAGUUCAAGAUUCCCGACUUCACCAUCAAGCAGAUUCGCGACGCCAUCCCCGCCCACUGCUUUGAGCGUUCCGCCGCCACCAGUCUGUAUUACGUCUUCCGGGAUGUCGCCAUCCUGGCUACCGUCUUCACCGUCUACUACAACUAUGUGACCCCGGAGACCAUCCCCUCGUACCCGCUCCGCGUGGCCCUGUGGGCUCUCUACACCGUCGUCCAGGGUCUCGUCGCCACCGGCGUCUGGGUCCUGGCCCACGAGUGCGGUCACCAGGCCUUCUCGCCCUCCAAGGUGCUCAACGACACCGUUGGCUGGAUCUGCCACUCCUUCCUGCUGGUCCCUUACUUCUCCUGGAAGAUCUCCCACGGCAAGCACCACAAGGCCACGGGCAACCUUGCCCGCGACAUGGUCUUCGUGCCCAAGACCCGCUCCCAGUUCGGCACCCGCGUCGGCCGUGCCGUCCACGAGAUCUCCGAACUCAUGGAGGAGACCCCCAUCCUGACGGCUACCAACCUCCUCCUGCAGCAGCUGUUCGGCUGGCCCAUGUACCUCCUGACCAACGUCACCGGCCACAACAACCAUGAGCGUCAGCCCGAGGGCCGUGGAAAGGGCAAGAAGAACGGCUACUUUGGCGGCGUCAACCACUUCAACCCCUCCAGCCCCCUGUACGAGGCCAAGGAUGCCAAGCUCAUCUUCCUCAGCGACCUCGGCCUGCUUAUCAUGGGCCUCAUCCUGUACACUCUGGGCUCGCGCUUCGGCUGGAUGAACCUGUUGGUCUGGUACGGUAUUCCGUACGUGUGGGUUAACCACUGGCUAGUGGCCAUCACCUUCCUUCAACACACCGACCCGACCCUCCCCCAUUACGAACCCGAAGUGUGGAACUUUGCCCGUGGCGCCGCGGCAACCAUCGACCGCGACUUCGGCUUCGUGGGCCGCCACAUCCUGCACGGAAUCAUCGAGACUCACGUCCUGCACCACUACGUGAGCACGAUCCCCUUCUACCACGCCGACGAGGCGUCCGAGGCCAUCCAGAAGGUGAUGGGCACACACUACCGCACCGAGGCGCAGACGGGCUGGACCGGUUUCCUCCGCGCGAUGUGGACCAGCGCCCGUACCUGCCAGUGGGUUGAGCCUACCGAGGGCGCCACCGGCGAGAGCAAGGGCGUCCUCUUCUUCCGGAACCAUAACGGUAUUGGUGUUCCGCCGGCUAAGAUCCCCAAGGCUUAG